UAUUUCAUCAAGGAUCUGCUCAGUUCUAACACCUGGAGCUGCUCAGCCUGGGAUGUGGUGGGGCACAUCUUCAGGGAGUUCAGCCGCGCCACAGGAAGAAGGGCAGCCGGAGACCUUUCUGCCCGGGAAGCCCAGGAAGAAGGAGCUCUCCAGGAGCUGUGCGUGGACAUCCUGGGAUCACUGGACGUCUCUGUGAGAGGGAUGUCCAAACUCCUGUGGCCGCGGCUGCUGUUGUUUGUGGUGCCAGCACAGUACACAGGCAUGCUGAUCCCAGUCUCCCGCUGUGUCUGUGCCCUGGCUGAGAGAGAGGAGCUGACAGGACGGCCGAUAGAACACCUGGAUCCCCAUUUUGUCAGCUCCAUGUUUCAAGGCCCACUGCUGACGCCCCACAUACUGCUGGCACGACUCCUGGUGGUGGCAGGCAGCCCUGUUGCAGGCAGCAAACUCCAAGCUGCUGCCUUACUGCUGAUGAAAAACCUCCACAGCAGGUUCCACAGAGCUGUGGGGGCCAUGUGGGCUACUGAGAUCCCCCUGCUGCUGCAGUGUCUUGAAG